AUGAAGGCCUCCAAAAAGACUAAAUCUCUGAGCAGCCGUGCAGCUGCAGUGAAGCCUCAGAAGGAUGGUUAUCAUCUCCCAUCUCAUGAUGCCCUGGCACAGAUCCUUCCUGGUUACCGGAGCCCCGACAACAAAGCGAAGGCUGAGCUCCAAAAUGCAACCCCACAGCAUCAGAGGAGAGAAGCUACACAGGCCAACAAGCCCAAGAUAAACCAAACAUAUCAUGUGCAUCAUCCACAUAAACGACCCCCACUGCAUGAUUUUGAGGGUGAUCCCAUCAUGGCAGAGAUCAACGACCUCCAAACUAAGGAGUUGGAGAACUAUCGCUCGGCCGUGAGUCGGAUGGCAGAAGACAUCAUAGCACUGAGGACACAGGUGGUGGCGUUGGAGACAGAAAACAGUCGGCUCCGCACCGAUCUGUCUCUGCACCAGGACCUUGGCCGAGAUCUGCUGGAUGACACAGACAUCGCCGUCAUGACCAAAGCUGAGAUUGCUGACCGUAUAGCUUCUCUCAAAUUCAAGCUGGCCAGUGAGACCAGUAAAGGGGUGACGCAGAGAGACAGAAUCCAACAGCUGCAGGAUGAGCUGAUCAAGAAGAACCACAGAGAGAAGGAGCUGAUUAAACUCACCAGAGGUCAGCACCACCAGCAGCAGCAGCACCAGCAAGAAGAUCUGCAGCAUCAGAGUUACGCAGCAAAGAUGGCCACUUUGGAGACAACAGUGAAAAAACAGGAAAAGGUCAUUGAGAAGAUGGAGAGUAAACUCAGAGAGAAGAACAGACCAAGUAUUGACAAGGGGCUGGUGGUUGAAAAGCACAGAGGUUCGACUGACUGCAGAACAGAAGAGGUCAUUACAGCACAGACAAAAGAGGUAUCACUCAAGGAGAGACUGAGUCUACUUAAUAAAAUGGAGAUGGCCGAUGCAAGAGUCCAUACACUGGAGGCUCAGCUGGAGGAGAACUCUAAAGUGUGGGGGAAACAGAAACAGGAAAUGUUGACUAAACUAAAUGAGCAAAGGCACGGCUUCAUCGGAACAUCAUCCUCCACAAUCCUUCAUAAUGUGUCUUCAGUCCGUUGA